CUGAUAUCUCUGUUGGCGCAAAGAGUGAAAUGUCGGGCUUAUUCCUCACUCAGCAAUCGCCUACAAAUUGAGCUCACUGCUCGGAAGCUCCCACUGACUUAUGAUUACUUACAUCCGCAGCCUUCACACCUUUUAAACCUGACUCUCCACGACCUUCUCCCCAAAACAAAGUCUCACGAUGUGUCUUCUCUCUUACCUUCCAUCACGAACCCUUCAAAGCUCCCAGUUGCACAUCACUUGAUCUACUUCCCACCCCAAGUGACUCUGUCGCAACUUCUCCCAGACGGCACAGAUAUUUUGCAUACCCCCGGCGACCCUUUCAAUCGGAGAUUAUGGGCAGGAGGGAACAUCAGGCUCUCACAAAAAAGCCUUUUUCUCGAUGGAAGCCGCGCAGUCUGCCUUGAGUCAAUACGUAACGUGACAGUAAAAGGACUGGAAGGGGCCGAGAGAGUGAUCGUGACCAUUGAAAGACGCAUGGGGACGGUACCCGAGGGAGAGACAGAAACUCAGACAUGGAACCGGCUAUGGCACGAAGACGAAGCACAGCCUAGAGAGUCAUUUGUCAUUGAGAAUCGGGAUCUCAUAUUUAUGCGCAAAAAAUUUGCGGAAGAAAUUCAGUCAGACCAGGCGCAAUUUGAGAAACCAAGUCGCAUUGUCAAGCCACCAUCCGAUGCUAUAUUUCGUCAUAGUAUUCUACCCACUGGAGCACUGCUCUUUCGCUUCUCAGCACUAACAUUCAAUGCCCAUUCGAUUCAUCUGGAUAAGAACUAUACGCAAAACGAAGAAGGUUACCGGAAUCUUCUCGUACAUGGCCCAUUGACAUUGACAUUGCUUUUGAGUGUGCUACAAAACCAACUCUACAGCCAUGGUGUCCAGGUUGAGAGCUUUGAAUAUAGGAACUUAGCACCAUUAUUUGUGGAGGAGGAACUGACUGUUUGUGGAAAGCCCAAGAACGAUAAUAGUUGGGAUGUGUGGAUUGAGGGACCAAAUGGUGGUCUAGCAGUUCGAGGCACUGCAAAGACUAAAUGUCUUUGA